AUGGAGACGGAGCCGAUACGCACAUUUCCCACUUGCGUGGGAGAUGGCGAAUGGACGAUUGUGGUGGAUGAUGAUGAUGAUGAUGACGAUGACGACGACGACGACGACGAUGAUGAUGAUGAUGAUGAUGAUGAUGAUGAUGAUGAUGAUGAUGAUGAUGAUGAUGAUGAUGAUGAUGAUGAUGAUGAUGAUGAUGAUGAUGAUGAUGAUGAUGAUGCGCGAUGUAUGUUGAUGAUGCGCGAUGUAUGUUGA